AAAAAAAAAAAAAAUGGCAUUGAUAAUACUCAGGUAAUACUGUUUACAACAUUAGUCGUGCCAAUAAAGUUUUUUGAGUGUAAUUGAGACGGCGACAUCUGGUGGUUGAAUAUAUUGUUGCAUAGUCUAUCAUAGUCACCUGUCAAUCUACCGCCAGUGACGUGCGGUGAGGUCAGUGAGUGGGUAGGCACUGAGUUCUGAAAGCCAGAUUUCUCUAAACCUAUAUAUUGUUAAAUCAAAAACAAUAAACAACAAACAGGCACGCACGGCCGAUUUCAAAUAAGUUCCUCCCUUUCUUUCUUUCUUUCUCUCUCUCUCACUCACUCACUCACUCACACACACAGACGGGACGUAUAUGAAAUGUCACGACGGUGACUUCAGGUUUGCCCGUAGCCUACUGUAGUUUGGUCUAAAUGAUUAAACAUCGCAUCCAUCGACUUAACGGACCCGUCCCUCACACCGAGGGCAGAAUAAACGUAAGGCAACAAGUCAAACCUUCGCCGAUUCAAACUACCGGUACUACUUCUAUUCAACUUAAAAAUAAAAGACAGCAUUCAUCAUUAUGUAGGACUACAGCAUAACUGAUGGCAACUCCACUCCAUAAACUUUAUCUUAAUAGAUAUAGUACCAGUAGCAUAUGCCCCAUGGACCUGUCCAGCAUCAGAAUGUAACCAUUUAUCCACAUUGCAGAGCUUAGGUUUGUCCGUCAGUAACAAUGAAAACACAACUGCUCAAUUGAAUAUAAAAUGCAGAAUGGAUUGCACUCGGUAUCAAUUCAUCCAACUUUAUUAUUAAAUAAACCCCCAAAAAGUUUCUGACUCACCAAUCUGACUCCCUGGCUGUAGAAAUAAGCAAUACGAUAGUAAUCCAGUGACAGUCUGACUGACAGCACAGCUAGCUAGCAUCCUUCCGUUCAUGUAGGCUACCUGUCCGUUUGAAAUGCUCGAACAUUGUUUGUCCCUGUUGCUGCUGUACACCGUCCAAGGCUGGCGCAGGCCUUUCUCUUGCUAUUCAUUCUGUUCCUUUUUAAAUUAUAAUCCAAUUUGUUAAAAUUCCUCCAGUCUGAAAUAUCUGCGGGCACGGACACGGCAGCUGCAAUGUUGACUUAAAAAUCCGCGGGGGUAACGCGACGUGAAUGAGCAUAGCCAACGUAAUGACGUUGGCCUAAGCUGCGUAAAUGUCUAGUAAUAUCUCGAUUUUAAUUGGUCCAUGAAUGAUAUGUAACGUAAAGGCUUAUGUGGCAUACCAUUUACGUAAAAAAGGCACAAAGAAUGAUGCUUAUUUGCGUACAUGUUAAAUCAUACAGAAUCAGGUGCGCAUGCGCGAAAACUUUUUUUUUCUUGCCGUCCACAAUGAAUAGGCGGUUAAUUUGAACGGAAUCCGACAUCACAAACUGUCAUCUUCCGAGGCAGCUUGAUUUUUCUUAAAAACCGGCUUAAAGCAACAAGGUAAGAUCAUUAUUAACCUUAACUACAUAAAAUUCAAGAAUAAACUUAACUUUACGUUCGAAUUUAAAAAAAGUUGAAAACAUAGGCUACAGUUAUUGAAACCGUACCUGUGCACAUGGUUUUAUCUUGCAAUAGGCCAAUAUAGCCUAGCUUAAUGGAUGGCAAAAGACAGCCCAAAAUUUUGGGCUUCUUUAUGCAAAGAAGCAGGCCAACUUCGCCGUCGUCGGCACCACCUCGUCCGCCUCCCCCCCCCACCCCCGGAUCCACAGCAAUCCUCUAAACACAGAGUUAGUGGAUGGAACAAAAAUACGCCAGUUGGCUGUAUCAUACCGAACACGGUGAGUUUUAUUUAUUUAUUAUUAAUUAAUUAAUAUUUUGAUUAUAACAUUGUAGGGCUUAUUAAAUCACGAAUGCGUCAUUCCUAGGGAUGUUCUGCAGAAUAUGUAGAUCUAACCGUCAAUCAGCAACACGCGGCCCUACUCAAAGGCCAUUCAUAGAAAUCCCAUGCACGAACUAUAGACGUGAUGCCUUGGAUCAGCACAUGACGUCCAAGAACCACUCUGCAUGUGUGGCCAUCACAGCCCAAACCAGCAAAAGUCUGUCAAUCAGUGAGGCAUUUCAACCGAUUGUCAACAUGGAGCAUGAGGCCAUAAUUGGUGGUUUUAAAUGCCUUUACUGGCUUGUCAAGCACGAGAUUGCACACCACACCAACUACCCUGCAUUGCUUGAUCUGGCAGACCUUCUAGGUUGCGAAUAUUUUUCCAAAUUGAGGAUUGAUCAAAGAACCAACUACAGGUCCCACAAAAUUGUGGACGACAUGCUGCAGAUUUUGGCCGAAGUGGUGGACGAGCCCAUUUCAGCAGCAAUCAAAACCUCAAAGGCUGUAGGCCUGGAAAUAGAUGAGUCCACAGACAUUUCAGUCUUAAAACAACUGGACAUUCAUGUCAGGUAUACUGACAAAGAAGGGCAGCUCUUCUGCCAGUUCCUGGAUCUGGUAUCCAUACCAGAUGGCAUGGCAAGAACCAUUGCCGAGGCAGUGAAGGAAGUCAUUAUAGAAAAGGGAAUUCCUCAGGAUCGGAUUUAUGGCCUUGGCACGGACGGAGCAGCAGUCAUGACCGGAAAACAUAAUGGCACAGCCAAAUUACUGGCCGACACCUGGCCAGGAUUAGUGACAGUGCAUUGUGCUGCUCAUCGCCUCGCCCUCGCUUGCAAGGAUGCUGCAGAUGGAGUGCCCUACAUGAAGACCUUCAGAAAGCACCUGCAAGAUCUUCAUCUUUAUUUUAGGAAUAGUGCAAACCGCACUAGUGCCCUCAAAGCAGCUGCCAGUGUUCUCCAAGUAGCCGCCCUCAAAGUGACAGUUCCUGUCACAAUUGAGACACUGAGGCAAAUAAAGGCAGCAGGUGACAAGCAACCUGAGGGCUCCUUUUUGGCUCAGGUCAAUGAAAAGGUCAACAACCUUAACAUUGACGCAGAGGAAGAGAGGGUGAGACGUGACAGAGGUCAGCCCACAUCCACCGGGAGGUUUUGGACAAAGUUUCAGAACGAGGUCAUGGACCCCUACAUCGACCGUCUCGUGGAACACCUGGAGCUGAGGUUCCAGCAAGUGAGCAUUCUGGGUGCCUUCAACGCUCUGGGACCACCAGGUCCACAAGCUGACGAGGGUCAGGCCAUCUCGGACCUUAAGAUGUUGGCGAAGCAGUUUCAGGUCAUUCAAGAGAUGCCACUGCUCCAUGAGUGGCAAAGCUUCAAAGUGCUUGUGACUACUGGAAUAUUAAAAGACAAAUCCCAACUGGAAAUAAUGAAGGCAAUGACAUCUCAGUAUGAUGAGCUACAUCAGCUGUAUCCAAACCUGUCCCUCCUGUCAGCGAUCGCGCUCACGAUACCAGUGGCAAGUGUCAAUUGUGAGCGAGAUUUUUCUGCCAUGAAUAGGAUAAAGACAGACCUGCGAAACAGGCUGCAGGGCAAGAGUCUUACAGCCUGCAUGAAGAUCAGCAUCAAUGGCCCACCAGUGUCUAAGUUUAAUUUCAGCAGGGCGCUGGAACUGUUCUUUGCACAGCCACGCAGAAUAGCAUGCACUGAUGCCUCUUGUCAGCUGUGCCGCAAAUAAGAAGAUCCAGAAAGGAACUGUAAAUAGUUGAAUUUGCCCUUUUAUGUGCAUACAAAAGUUAAGUGUAUUGUCCAUUAUUUGUAUUUAAUUUGCACUGUUCUUUAAUUUUAUUUUGUAGUGUCUGCAUG